ACAUUUCGAAAUAUAUAGACAAAGGGAUGUAAAAGCAGUAUUAAACAUGUCUUAUCUUCAGGGAGAAAUAAGACUUGCUAAUGCUCGGUUAUGGCAUCAAAUAUCAGCGAAGGACUGUAUUUUAGGAAGACUUGCAAGUACUUUAGCUUGUCUUCUUAUGGGGAAACAUAAACCUAUUUAUCAUCCGGCAGCGGACGUAGGGGAUUAUGUUAUUGUUACGAAUUGCGCAUUACUUCGACUUGAUGAGCGUAAGUUAAAUCGUACAUAUGUACGACAUAGUGGUCGACCGGGAGGGUUAAAAAAAAGGACGAUGAAAGAAUGGAUAGAACGUGAAGGGGCUAGUAUUGUUUUACGACAAGCGGUUUCAGGAAUGCUUCCAAAGAACCGACUUCGAGAUCGUCGUCUUAAUCGACUAAAAUGUUUUGAAGGAGAAAAUCAUCCUUAUUAUAAAAAUAUACAAAGAGUUUGGACGAAUUCAGGGGAAUGGAUAUCAGCACCGAUUUAAAUAAUGAAAAUAAAUUUAAAAGUAUUUAUAAGUCUGUUUGUUUAAG